AGCUCCCAGAGCGUCUUCCGGCGGGAGCUGUGCUGCUCCUUAUCAUGGGGACAAUUCAUCUCUUUAGAAAACCGCAAAGAUCUUUUUUUGGCAAGUUAUUACAGGAAUUUAGACUUGUAGCAGCUGACCGAAGGUCCUGGAAGAUACUGCUCUUUGGUGCAAUAAACUUAACAUGUACUGGCUUCCUGCUUAUGUGGUGCAGUUCCACUAACAGUAUAGCUUUAACUGCCUAUACUUACUUGACCAUUUUUGAUCUUUUUAGUUUAAUGACAUGUUUGAUAAGUUACUGGGUAAUGAUGAGGAAACCUAGCCCUGUCUAUUCAUUUGGAUUUGAAAGAUUAGAAGUCUUAGCUGUAUUUGCCUCCACAGUCUUGGCACAGUUGGGAGCCCUCUUUAUAUUAAAAGAAAGUGCAGAACGCUUUUUGGAGCAGCCUGAGAUACACACGGGAAGAUUAUUAGUUGGUACUUUUGUGGCUCUUUCCUUCAACUUGUUCACGAUGCUUUCUAUUCGGAAUAAACCUUUUGCUUAUGUCUCUGAAGCUGCUAGUACGAGUUGGCUUCAAGAGCAUGUUGCAGAUCUUAGUCGAAGCUUAUGUGGAAUUAUUCCAGGACUUAGCAGUAUCUUCCUUCCCCGAAUGAAUCCAUUUGUUUUGAUUGAUCUUGCUGGAGCAUUUGCUCUUUGUAUUACAUAUAUGCUAAUUGAAAUUAAUAACUUUUUUGCUGUAGACACUGCUUCUGCCAUAGCCAUUGCUCUGAUGACGUUUGGCACCAUGUAUCCCAUGAGCGUGUACAGUGGCAAAGUAUUACUGCAGACAACACCACCCCAUGUUAUUGGUCAGUUGGACAAACUUAUCAGAGAGGUAUCUACCCUGGAUGGAGUUUUAGAAGUUCGAAAUGAGCAUUUUUGGACCCUAGGUUUUGGCUCACUGGCUGGAUCAGUUCAUGUAAGAAUUCGACGAGAUGCAAACGAACAAAUGGUUCUUGCUCAUGUGACCAACAGGCUGUACACUCUAGUGUCUACCUUGACUGUUCAGAUUUUCAAGGAUGAUUGGAUUAGACCUGCCUUACUGUCUGGGCCUGUUGCAGCCAAUGUCCUAAACUUUUCAGAUCAUCACAUAAUUCCAAUGCCUCCUUUAAAGGGUACUGAUGAUUCAAACCCUGUCACAUCGACUCCAGCUAAACCUAGUAGUCCACCUCCAGAAUUUUCAUUUAACACCCCUGGGAAAAACGUGAACCCAGUUAUUCUGCUAAACACCCAAACAAGACCUUAUGGUUUGGGUCUUAAUCAUGGACACACACCUUAUAGUAGCAUGCUUAAUCAAGGACUUGGAGUUCCAGGAAUUGGAGCAACCCAAGGAUUCAGGACUGGUUUUACAAAUAUGCCAAGUAGAUAUGGAACUAACAAUAGACAACCAAGACCAUGAUGUACUGUAAAUUAAUUUAUUUUUAUGAGGAAUAUUGACUUCUUGACUUCCAAUUUAUUUAGUAAUCCAACUGUGCAUUGACUGUUCAAUCAUUUACUCUAAAUGUUAGAGAAUAGUGGGUUUGUUCACAUUACAUGAAACUGAUGAAGCUAUAUUUUUGUAAAAUGUAUUUGGGGCUGUUGAGAACCUUCUAAGUGUCAUAAGGUUUAAAUAGGCUUCCUAUAGAAAGCGUGUUUCUCUAAAUUUGAAUUUUGCUAUUUUUGGUUUCGUAGUUGACUGCAGUGUGAUAGACAUCAUCUUUACAAUAAGAGAACCACUCAAUGGAGCAGAUCUGUCACAUUAUUAAAAGUAUAGUAUUUUCUUCAGUGAAAUUUAUAAACAUAUGCUUCUUGAAUAAUGAUAUACAUUUUAGGAAAGGAAAAAAAUGUCCAUUUCAAAAGUAAAAGUCUCUUUUAUAGCUU